UGAGGUAUCUUCAUUUAAAAUGAGCUCCGGUUCAACAUGUGCUGUUUCUGGUUGCUACAACAACUCGAAAAAACUUAAGACUUUUCAAGACACUUUUUGUGUUGAUCACCAAAAAACGCGGAGUGAAUGUCCGUGUGCGCCACCAUACGCGUUACACUCCAUGCCCACGAAGGAAGAGAGGAAUCGCGCGUGGCUUGCGGCUUUAAAAUUAAAAAAACCUCCAAAGAGAGUUUAUGUGUGUUCGUUUCAUUUCGUAGAUAAAAAGCCCACCGAACUUCACCCCGAUCCGGAGCUUUACCUGGGUUAUAAUCGACCUGAUCACGCUAAACGAAAACAAAUGGAGGACGCGGACGAACUUGGUGAGAAGAUGUCGGAAGAUGCGGUGCGUCAGACGCGUAGUCAGAAGCGGGCGCUGGAACGAGAAACCCCAACGACGGAGGGUGACUUGAAACGGGUCAAACUAGAGAAAGAAGAGCUGGGAACUGUGGAUGGACUGAAGGCCAAGAGCGAACAAGCCAACAAGGUGGCCAACAUCUUAAGAGCCGGUGAGGUGAAGGCCACCAUCAAGGUGGAGGUGCAGACCGGAGAUGAACCAGUGGACAUGAGCACAUCUAAGAGCGACAUAAAGAAGGAACGUCCUUCGACACCAGAUGAUGAUGUCAUCGUCCUGUCGGACAAUGAGCCUUCUAGUCCUUGUAUGAAUGGGAUCAGCCACGGUUUUAAGAAGACUGAUACAGAGAUGCUAAUGAAGAGCAGCCCGGCCGAGCGUGAACGCAUCAUCAAGCAGCUGCAGGAAGAACUGCGCCUACAGGAAGCGAGACUCGUUUUGCUGAAGAAACUUCGGCAAAGCCAGACCCAAAAAGACGUCGCACAAAAGUCAAAUAAUUCUGUGGCUGCUCCUCCACCUCUCGUGAGAGGCAGCGUUUCUACCACUAAAGGGCCUUUACAGGUCUCCAAUCGAAACUCAGGAACAGUGAUUCCUCCUCCUCUGGUUCGAGGUGGGGCGCAGGUCUCCAAACACGGCUCCCAUAAUACAGUAGUCAUGCCGCCCUUAGUCAGAGGAUCACAGCCUAUCGCCGUGACCCCGCAGCAGAUUGCGACCCUGCGACAGCAGCAGCAACAGCACUCUAGUUCUGGUCCUCCUCCCCUGCUGCUGGGCCCACGAAACUCUGUACCCAAUGUGCAGGUGCAGGGCCAGAGGAUCAUCCAGCAGGGCUUGAUCCGUGUGGCAAAUGUGUCCAACGCAAACGUCUUGGUCCAACAGGCAUCUCCAACUGGUCUGAAGAGCUCCUCUGCGAACACCAAUGCAAACGAUUCCCCUGCCAGCCGGCAAGCUGCUGCCAAGCUCGCGUUACGUAAACAGUUGGAGAAAACCCUUCUUGAGAUCCCACCACCUAAACCUCCAGCACCAGAGCUUAAUUUUUUACCAUCUGCAGCCAACAAUGAGUUCAUUUACCUGGUGGGCCUGGAGAUGGUGGUCCAGAAUCUGCUAGAUACACUGGCUAAAAGUAAGCAGCCGCAGGGCGAAUCCGCGUCCACUCCGGCACCCAAAGAACCCUUCAAGUGCUCCAAGUGUCAGACUGACUUCACCUCCCGCUGGAGGCAAGAGAAGAGCAGUGGCUCCAUCCUCUGUGAGCAUUGCAUGAGCUCCAACCAAAAGAAGGUGCUGAAGGCAGAGCACACCAGCCGCCUAAAGGCCGCUUUCGUCAAGGCCCUCCAGCAGGAGCAAGAGAUCGAGCAGCGCCUCCUGCAGCAGACGGCCUCAUCCGCCUCCAAGACCACAACCACCUCGUCGACAUCGUCUUCGCCUGUGAUCAAGUCGGAUCACGUGCUGGUCUCGCCGCAGUAUAAGCAGGUGCGCACGUCUUUGGGCCAGCAGCAGACCAACAGGGGAACAUCGGUGGGCCACUACCACACCACUAUUAAGCAGACUUCAGGACAGCUGUCACGCAGCGUACAGCAGGCGGUGAACGCACGCCACAACUUCACCACGUCCUCUCAGCUGCAGAACGCCGUCACGGCCGCCGCGCUGGUCAGCAGGCCAGGUAAGCAUGCCGUGAGGGCAGGGGAAAAGGGCAGCAGCAACACCAACACCACCACCAAUACCUGGAGGAAACAGAACAGCGCCACCACAGGUGUCACCAUGGCUUACGUCAACCCUAGUCUCUCCGUGCACAGGACGACGACGACGACAUCUCCAGGGGACCGUCAACGCGAGUACCUCUUGGACAUGAUCCCCUCUCGCACCAUUUCCCAAACAGCGAACACAUGGAAAUAGUCCCCUGCGAUGGACGACAACCAUCUUAAUAUUUCUCAUAGUUAUAAUCCUGUCCUCUGGAGGAUUCAAUUCGGUUGGUUAUCAAUAUCUGAGAACCGGCCAUUAAGCAAUAAUAAAAUGUAAAAAAUAUAUUUUCUCUCGAUUUCCUCUUUAUUCCAAGACAUUUAGUUGUACAGUCUGAUUUAAGAACCCAAUAGGCCAAUAAGUCUCCCACUGUACCAGGAUCAGCGAUCAAGGAGACUCCAUGGACCUUCUUCAUAGGCCUUCCUUCGUAUGUAUCUACUAAAUCUCCCAAACCCGAUGGGCUUGAGUGAUGUAAUACACGCACGCGAUGAUGUCACGCAAUCACUCCCACUUUUUACGGCCCUUGAGUUCCAGAGCCUCGGACACAUUAUCUACAGGAAGGAGAUGGGAUUGUGGACGUCCCGCGUAAUGCCAUGGAUAAUUUUAAUUUUUUUUUACCUUUUGUGGACCAUCUAUAAUCCGUGAGAUUGAUUUAGGUUUUUUGACAUCCACACCGUCACGGAUAUCGCAGUGGAUGUACGUCAAUUUUUUUUUCUUUUUUUUGUGUGGGUUCAUUCCACCCCAUUUUCAAAUGGCCUUUUUUACAGGCUUCGGAUUUACAAGAAAUUGUUAAACUGUUGAGGUGGUUAUACAUCUGCUGGUGUAGUGUGUAUUUUGGAUUUUUUUGGGGUUAUUUUUCUUUGUACGCUUCUAAAAGACAUUUAACCGAAAACUGCGCAUCAGGGAUGGUUACAGAAAUGGACGUAACUAACAAAAAGCAGCAGCCGUGACAGGACAACUGUUGUAGACCUGAAUGUGUGUGUGCGUGCGUGUGUGUGUGUGUGUGUGUGAAUAAUUUGUUGAUAUCAGGUGAGCUCGAUGAUAGCUUGAAUAGAAACGAUGGGAGAGGUGAUUUUACGAUUAGCUUUCAUUGUGUACCCCUUCUUAAAGCUUUCUCGUAACAACAUCCAGGUAAUAUUUGGAUGUUUCAUUAUUUAUAAAUGUCACUUUAGAUGAAGGAUAUGCCGUUAGCCCAAGUUACAAAGAGUAGUUCAUCUUCUAUCGACCGUUUUAGAUCCAGUUUGAAGUUGCGCAGCAGACCGGCAUGGCUUUAUCUUUCCUUAAAGGAAAUGUUUGGAUGAAAGCAUUACUGCUUAAAGAAUGUAGCAAACCAUCUUGCGCUAUUAGUUAAGUAAAAUCGAGUCCUUAUGUACCUACCUGUUAGGUGGUGGUCGCAUUGUUUUGCAAUCUCUUAUUAUUUUUCUUUCAUCUGGAUUGAUUCGCUAGCAGUAUGCUUGGUAUUUUAGCUAAACUUACGUGUAUUAUAUGCGACAGCUCGGGUCCAGAUUAGUUAUGCUUUAAGUCAGCUUUUGGUUUUUCUUCGUUGUUAUCUCAAGAUGAGAUCCGUUCGGACGACCUGUGAAGCGUUUAAGACACGGGCCCUUGUUUUAAACGGCUGUUCUGACUACUGCCUGCUGCUGGUAACUAACACCAUUCCAUUUUCGAAGGGAUGCUGCCGUUGUUUGUGUAACGUCCCUUUUACGAAUUGUAAAAAAAAGUUUUUUCAUCUGUUUCUGAUCUCAGUUAAUAAUUAUAAUAAAAUUAAUUUUAACCUGUA